AUGGGAGAGGGGUCUGUAGAACUUGAGGCUAUUAUAAAGGAAGCUGUUGAUCUGCUUGGAAAAUACAAUAAUCUAUCUGCAUGGAAGGGUAUGCUAGAACAGGAAGGAGAUUGCAUAGUUUAUGCUAGUGAAAUAAAGGAAAGAAAGGAGAACAUUCCUCUUGAGGAGGUCUUUGAUAAUCUCAAAUGCACAAGAGAAGGUUUAAGCUCUGAGAAAGUACAAGAGAGGCUAGACUUGUUUGGCUACAAUAAGCUUGAAGAAAAGAAGGAAAGUAAGAUUCUGAAGUUUUUGGGGUUUAUGUGGAAUCCUCUGUCAUGGGUUAUGGAAGCUGCUGCUAUCAUGGCCAUAGGCAUGGCACACGGAGGGCAUGAAGGAGCAGAUUAUCAAGAUUUUAUUGGCAUAGUUCUUUUGUUACUUAUAAACUCCACCAUCAGUUUCAUAGAAGAAAACAAUGCUGGCAAUGCAGCAGCUGCCCUUAUGGCUAGAUUAGCUCCCAAAGCAAAGGUACUUCGUGAUGGAAAAUGGAGUGAAGAAGAAGCUUCAGUUUUGGUUCCUGGAGACAUAAUUAGCAUCAAGCUUGGUGACAUCAUUCCUGCUGAUGCACGUCUGCUUGAGGGUGAUCCUUUGAAGAUUGAUCAGUCUGCUCUUACUGGAGAGUCACUUCCUGUUAGCAAACAUCCUGGAGAAGGAGUAUAUUCUGGUUCAACUUGCAAGCAAGGAGAAAUUGAGGCAGUAGUUAUUGCAACCGGAGUUCACACCUUUUUUGGGAAGGCAGCUCAUCUUGUGGAAAACACAACACAUGUUGGACAUUUUCAGAAGGUUCUAACAUCUAUUGGGAACUUCUGCAUCUGUUCAAUUGCUGUUGGUAUGGUCAUUGAAAUCAUUGUGAUAUAUGCAAUCCAUAAAAAGGACUACAGAAAUGGUAUUGAUAACCUCCUUGUGCUAUUAAUUGGUGGCAUCCCUAUUGCAAUGCCAACUGUCCUUUCUGUCACAAUGGCUAUUGGUUCACACCGGUUGUCUCAGCAGGGUGCCAUAACUAAGAGAAUGACUGCCAUUGAAGAGAUGGCUGGAAUGGAUGUGUUAUGUAGUGACAAGACAGGCACAUUAACUCUUAACAAGCUUUCAGUGGACAAGAAUAUUAUUGAGGUUUUUGUUAAAGAUGUUGACAAUGAUAUGGUUGUACUUAUGGCUGCAAGAGCAUCAAGGCUAGAGAACCAGGAUGCAAUUGAUGGUGCUAUUGUUUCAAUGUUAGCAGACCCAAAGGAGGCACGAGCUGGAAUAAAAGAAGUUCACUUUCUUCCAUUUAAUCCAACUGAUAAAAGAACUGCACUUACAUACCUUGAUGCUGCUGGUAAGAUGCACAGGGUUAGCAAAGGUGCUCCAGAGCAGAUUCUCAAUCUUGCACAUAACAGAUCAGAAAUCCAUCAGAAGGUUCAUACAAUUAUUGACAAGUUUGCAGAACGUGGACUUCGUUCUCUUGCAGUUGCCCGCCAGGAAGUACCUGACGGAAAUAAAGACAGUCCAGGAGGACCAUGGGAGUUUGUUGGGAUUCUCCCUCUUUUCGAUCCUCCUCGCCAUGAUAGUGCAGAAACAAUUAGAAGAGCUCUUGAUCUUGGUGUGAGUGUCAAAAUGAUCACUGGAUUAAAGUGA